AUGGUGCGAAGUGUUGGAUUGUCUGAUUCAAAAUAUGUUGUCUUAGAGGAGCAACUAGCAAUGUUUUUGAAUGUGCUUGCACAUCAUACUAAGAACUACAAAAUUAAAUUUAAUUUCAUGCGGAGUGGUCAAAUAGUUAGUAAGCACUUCAAUAAUGUUCUCAAGGAUGCAUUGCACCUCUAUGGUCUCCUCCUUAAGAAGGCUGAACCAAUAACUGCUAAUUGUACAAAUGAUAGGUGGAGUUGUUUUCAGAAUUGUCUUGGUGCUUUAGAUGGAACCUAUGUUAAGGUUCUUGCCCUUGCAAUAGACAAACUAAGGUAUAGAAUGAGAAAAAGAGAAAUUGCCACAAAUGUAUUGGGUGUAUGCUCACAAGACAUGCAAUUCAUAUAUGUCUUACUUGGAUGGGAAGGAUCUGCUUCUGAUUCUAGGGUACUUAAAGAUGCUGUCAGUAGACCCAAUAGGUUGAAAGUGCCUACUAUGAAACCAUCUUACAUAAUUACAAGCCACUACUAUCUCGUAGAUGCGGGUUACACAAAUGGGGGGGGGGGUUUUCUUGCACCAUAUAGAGGACAGCGUUACCAUCUUUCGACAUGGAGAGAAGGGGGUGCCCUAACAACUCCACAAGAGUUUUUUAACAUAAGGCACUCUUCUGCUUGUAAUGUCAUUGAGAGGUGUUUUGGCCUACUUAAAAUGAGAUGGGCAAUAUUGAGGAGCUAUUCUUACUUUCCAAUCAAGACUCAAUUUCAUAUUAUCACUGCAUGUUGCCUUCUCCACAAUCUCAUUCAACGCGAAAUGCCUAUGGAUCUCGUUGAUGAUGAGAAUGAGGAAAUGAAUCCUCUUCCUCCAGCUACUGAAUUAGGAGAUGAAAUGAUUGACGUUGUUGAAGCAUCUGAUCAAUGGAGUGAAAGGAGAACAGCCUUGGCAACCCAAAUGUUUAAUGAAUGGCAAGCAAGUAGAGGUCAAUAA